CUAAUUAUUAGCGAUAAUUAUUAGGUGCAAUUGUGCAUCAAAUUGUAAGAAGAGUUGUGGCUCAGAGGCUAGAGCUUCGGACUUCUGAUCCAAAGAUCGUGAGUUCCAGCCCUACACCCGGCAGAUUUUUUUUUCUUACAUAAAAUUUUUUUUAUACUAUAUAACAAAAUUUAUUAAUUAUUUAUGAUGUAGAUGCUUAGUUAUGCGUUCUAACUAAUUUUUAUUUAGCGUUAUUUUUAUAUGCGAUAAAAUCGCUCCCCGCCGGCCAUAUGCCUGCAUACGAGGAGCAUGCCGUGCCGUGCGAAAAAUACGCGUCCACGAAAUCGGGAACAUGCGCGCAAAAUGCCUGCAUACGAACGGCAUUAUGCUCGCAUUUUAUCGGCACCCGUGCUGGACAGAUCCACCACGGAAGCAAGCAAAAUGCUCGGUCAUAUGCUCGUCAUAUGACUUUCAUGUGCGGAUGCAAGUGGACCGUCAUGCGUGCCCAUUUCGUGCCGGCACGUUUUCAGCAUUUUCAGAGCACGCUGUUAUCUGGGACGCUGUUAUCUGGGUGAUGCAGGGUAUAAUUCAUAACCACAAAGUUAUAGUCCACAUAUAAGCUAGAGGAUACGGCCCCCGAGGCCUUAAUCAAUAUUCAAAUCAUCGUUGUUUCUAGGUACAAUUGAAUAAAUUGUUGUCUCAAAUACCAUUACAAUGGUUAAGUUAAUGGUUAAAUAUAGAUUGAUCUAGAUACAAAUAUCCAUACAAUAAAACAAUCAAAUAUCAAGACUUCUCACAAAGUGUCAAGCAAAAUUAACAUGGACGACAUCAAUGAUAAAUUUUGUUACAUCUAUAGUUCAUCUUUAGAAACUAGAAUACAAAUUAAAGUAGGAACAUUGGAAGGUAAAAGACAUAGACCUGAAUAUGAUAAAUUAUUGACGGAUCCUUUACUAAAAUACUCUGGAUUAUUUGGAUCUAAUUGUGGAAGAGGAGAUCUAGCGGCAUCACUUCAAGUAUUUGCUAAUGGAAGAACUUUAGCAUUACCAGUUUAUACUUCAUAUAAACAUUUCACAUCUAGAUGGAAUUGGAAUCAAUGGAUAACAUUACCAAUUUCUUAUGCUGACUUACCUAGAUCAGCUCAAUUAUGUAUUACAUUAUAUGAUUGUGCUGGUCCAAACAGACAAAUACCAAUUGGUGGAACUACGAUUUCAUUAUUUGGAAAACACGGUGUCUUUCGACAAGGGAUGCUUGAUUUAAAAGUGUGGCCAGGAGUAGAAGCCGAUGGCAAUACUCCAUCAUCAACUCCAGGAAAAGCUAGAGAUCAUGGAAAAGAACAAAUGCAACGAUUAGCUAAGCUGGCGAAGAAACAUCGUAAUGGACAAAUAAAUAAAGUGGACUGGCUUGAUAGGCUAACUUUUCGUGAAAUUGAACUUAUCAAUGAACAGGAAAAAAGAGCAUCUGAUUAUUUAUAUCUUAUGCUGGAAUUCCCAGAAAUAAUAAUAGAUGGUUUUCCAUAUUUUAUUGUGUAUUAUGAAAAAGAUGGAGAUGAAGUGGUUCAGCACCGAUCUCAACCAGAUGUUGUUACUCUUCCAGAUUAUGAAAUUUUGCAAGAAAAUUUAGUAGAAGUCAAACAUCAUAAAUUAGCAAGAAGUUUACGAAGUGGGGGUAACACAAGAGAACUUAAACCAACCUCUACUGUACGAGAUGCUUUAAAUACUAUAUUAUCAUAUCCACCUACCACCGCUCUUUCAACGGAAGAACAAGAUUUAAUUUGGAAAUUCCGCUUUUAUUUGUCCACACAAAAAAAAGCUCUUACAAAAUUUGUAAAAUGUGUCAAUUGGAAAGUAGCUGGAGAAGAACGUCAGGCUUUAGAAAUGCUUACUUUGUGGGCACCACCAGAUCCCGAAGAUGCUUUAGAAUUACUUGGCCCAGCUUUUACACAUCCUGCUAUUAGAAGAUAUGCAAUAGGACGUUUAAAUCAUGCAUUAGAUGAUGAUCUAAUGCUAUAUCUGCUACAAUUAGUGCAGGCAUUAAAGUAUGAAGAUUUUGAUAGUAUUAAAGCAGCGAGUGAAAUGUUCAUUAAAAGUAAAGAAUUAUUUGAUAAAAGUGAAAGGACAGAUACAACUAACGAACUUACUACAUCUACAUCUAUAACCACUUCUACUGAAUCUGAAAAUGACCACUUUAUGACAAAUCAAUUUGCUCAAACUGAUUUAGCAAGUUUCCUUAUAACUAGAGCUUGUCAAAAUUCAACUUUAGCUAAUUAUUUAUAUUGGUAUCUUUCAAUUGAAUGUGAAGAUCAACCUGAUGCAGUGAUAACAGCAAAACAAGAUAAACGUAUUAGAGAGAUGUACAAUACAGUAAUGAAGAUGUUCUCGAAUGCUCUCUCAUGUGGUAAUAAUGUUUGGCAAAAGAGAAGAGCCUUUUUAACUAAACAAAAGAUAUUUAUUGAACAACUAGUGUCACUUGUAAAAGCUGUUGCACGGGAAAGUGGAAAUCGUAAAAGAAAAACAGAAAGAUUGCGAGCUUUAUUAGCUGAUGCUGAUGCCAUCUUCAAAAUUAACUUUUCUAAUUUUGAACCUAUACCAUUUCCAUUAGACCCAGAUAUUUCUAUUAAAGGAAUUAUUCCUGAAAAAGCUAGCCUUUUUAAAUCAGCUUUGAUGCCAUCUAAAUUAACCUUUCUGACCAGUAAUAAUACUGAAUAUAUUGCUAUUUUCAAACAUGGUGAUGAUUUGAGACAAGAUCAACUGAUUUUACAAACUAUAGCAUUAAUGGAUAAAUUGUUGAGACGUGAAAACUUAGAUUUAAAAUUAACUCCUUAUAGAGUACUUGCUACAAGCACAAGACAUGGGUUUUUACAGUUUAUUGAAUCCAUCACAGUUGCAGAAGUAUUAGCUAAUGAAGGCUCGAUAUUAAAUUUUUUCCGCAAACACCAUCCUUCAGAAAAUGGACCAUAUGGUGUUGUACCCGAAGUUAUGGAUACUUAUAUUCGAAGCUGUGGUCUAUCCCGUUACCAAACGUGCUUGAAGCUCUUGUCAUAUAAACAACACUUUCGCCAUUCGAAACCCGAAAUUGCCUUCGCCAAUGAAACAAGCUUUAUAGCUGGCUAUUGUAUUAUAACAUACGUUUUGGGAGUUGGAGAUAGACAUUUGGAUAACCUUCUUCUUACAACAUCAGGAAAACUAUUUCAUAUCGAUUUUGGUUACAUCUUAGGAAGAGAUCCUAAACCUUUGCCUCCACCGAUGAAGCUUAGCAAAGAAAUGGUUGAAGCAAUGGGCGGUGUUGGAUCUGAUCAUUAUCAUGAAUUUCGAAAACAAUGUUACACAGCUUUCCUCCAUUUGCGUCGACAUGCAAACUUAAUACUCAAUUUAUUUUCAUUAAUGGUAGAUGCUAGUGUCCCUGACAUCGCAUUAGAACCUGAUAAAGCUGUUAAAAAAGUACAAGAUAAAUUACGCUUGGAUUUAAGUGAUGAAGAAGCUGUACACUAUGUGCAAAAUCUCUUAGAUUUAUCAGUCACAGCAGUUAUGGCAGCACUAGUGGAGCAAUUUCAUAAGUUUGCACAAUAUUGGAGAAAAUGAAAAACAACAGCCAAUUUAAAAAAAUGUAUAUACCAACAUAGCACUUGUGUGUAAUGAUUCAAAAUAAUUAUAACUUGAAUAUGUAUAUAAACCGAAUAAAAUUUUUAUACUUCUUUGUACAUAGAAAUAGCAAUUCAAAAUUAUUUGUUAACUUAUAACAAUUAGUUUUCAACUUUUGGUCAAGUCAUCUUAUCUGCGUCAUAUGUAACUACUUAUAAUUAAGUGCAUGUACUACAAUAUACAUAAAUUGUUAUCUAUAUAAAAUUUUAAAAUAAAUUUGGAUGAAUUAUUAAA